UUCGUGUUGUUUGACUGCUUGCUUUACUGCCCGCCGCACGGCCAACCUUCGUUCGUCGUCGCACCGUUGAAUGCGAAAAAAGAGGUUGAUUUCCGUUCGUUUCGGACGCUGCUCGUCGUCGUCUUCGUCGUUCGUUGCGCGUUUCUUCUGUUGCGUUGCUGUGUUUUAGAGAAGUUGUGUCCCUUUUUUGUUUAAUCCACGCAUCCCGUGUCGGUCUGUGGAGUAGAGUGAGGUGCCCUCGCGGAACAUUGGCCAGGCUCUCAAGGCGGCCGCCCUAUUCCGUUCGGCUGUGAGUGCGUGGUGGAUAAUUUCCGGUCCGUUGUCGUCGCCUUCGAUCACCAUCAUUCCCACCGUUCGUUCGUUUCGUUCUUCUGUGUGUGCUCUCUGUGUGCCGAGUGUAGUGUGGAGUCGACGAUUGCUGUGUUUUACCACAUCCAGCCAGUUGAUUCGCCUCGCGCCUCGCCUGCUUGCUGCUGGUUGCUGUGAAAGUGCUGGUUAGCGUUCCAACAAAAAGCAAAAAAGAAGCGAAAUUCGGUGUUUCGUUGCGGAGCGGUGAAGAGCUCACUCCGGUGCUGGAAGCCAGAAAUUGUGUGUGACGAGUGAAAAUUGUGGGGCCCUGUCAGUGCGGUCCAGCUCCAAAGCGAGUGAAUCAAGUAUUGUAUUGUGUGAAGCACCGACAUCUUUGUGUUGUGGAGAGCAGAAGGGGAAGUCAAGAGUGCGGAAAUUUCCAACCGACGAGAGACCUCUCGGAUUAACCUUUAGCAGCAGCGCAGCGACCAACGCCGCCAGACCGGUUCCGGCUCAGCAAACUUGGAUACUUUCUUCAUUCAGCCCCCAGCUAAUCGGCAACAAAUGCGAUAAGGAUGGCCUCGAGCAGUAGCCAAUUCUUCCAGAAGGGCAACGCGGCCCAGUUCGAGUUCCUGCUGAACCUGUACCCACAGGUCCUCAAAGUAAAGGCGGAGAACCGCGGCGCCGGCAAAAAGCCCGAAAAACUGAUCCGCCUGGACGAGUGGUACCAGAACACGCUCCCCAAACUGAUCCAGAAGCGCGGCAAGGAUGCCCACCUGCUGCACGAGGAGCUGGUCCAGCUGAUGGAGUGGAAGCAAACGCGGGGGAAGUCCUACCCCCAGCUGACCCACCUCAUCAAGAUCAACACGCCGCGGGCCGUCAUGAUGGAAACCAAGAAGGCCUUCCGGAAGUUGCCGAAUCUAGAGCAGGCUCUGAAUGCGCUGUCCAACCUGAAAGGCGUCGGAACUACGAUGGCCUCAGCUCUGUUGGCAGCGGCCUGCCCGGAAACGGCUCCCUUCAUGGCGGAUGAGUGUCUCAUGGCGAUCCCGGAGUUCGAGAGCAUCGACUACACCGUCAAGGAAUACCUCAAGUUCGUGACGUACAUUCAGCAGACCUCCGACCGAUUGAACAAGGAAGUCCACGGCCCGGAACCGGAGAACAACGGAGCCGAGGAGAACGGCACAUCUCAGGAACCGCCCAAGCCCAAGACAUGGACCGCCCACAAGGUUGAGAUGGCUCUUUGGGCGCAUUACGUGGCCACGGACUUGCAGCCGGAACUCCUGAAGGGCAUGCCGGAAAGCAACGGAGUAGCCGCCAGCACAGGUUCGGCCGUAACCGUGUCGGUGGCCAACGGAAGCGCAGCCGUUCCGGAUCUGGACAACGAAGACGACAGCUCUCAGAACGGCGUUCCGCCGUCGGACGAGAGCAACCUGGACAGUGAGAGUGCCUCCAAGGAUGCGUCGGUCCUGACGAACGGCACCGCUCUGAUGAACACGGACAGCAUGGACGGGUCGGAGAAUGGAAACUCGGGAGAGGCGGAGCCGGAAUCUACGUCGGAAGCCCCCGCCAAUGCCACCGCCACCGUCACCACAGACCUUCCUGCCGACAGUCUAGACGAUUGUACCAAAUCGGGCGACAGCCUGGAUGAGGCUCCGGCCGUGGAGGCAACGGCAGCGGCCGUGGCCACCCUGUGCACUGCCGACGGCGAAGACUCUCAGAGCAGCAACAGCCAGAAACGUCCGCUGUACUGCGACGAAAACUCCGAGGACCAGCAGGAACUCAGCGCUCCCAAGUUGAUAAAGCUAUAAGAUUCGAGUUUCGAGUGGAAGCGAGUGGCGGCGGCUGGUGCGAAAGGGAUGCGAGAGAGAGAUAGCGCGAGAACGAACGAUUGAUGAGCGCGUGAGUUUUUUUCUUUUGUCUAAUGGACUCCGGAACAAUUCCGGAUUCGGCGCGGCGGCGUGGAUGGUAAGAGUAACAUCCUCGACCAAUCAGCACACGGACCGGACGCGAACCGGACCAGAACCAACAGCUGGCUUCAAACUACUUCUUAAUCAUUUUUUUUCUCUACAUUUUUCCUGUAUUUUAUUCGUAAUUAUUUUAUUUACAAACCAGCAUUAAUCGGAUAAGCAAUAGUUUGUAGGAUCAAUGCGCAGACGCAGACGUAGACAGACAGACAGAUAGAAAGACCGCUCGUGGCACUUGCGUCCCGGGCCGCGUACUUUUUUCCGAAUUUUAACCUGAGUAGCAAGAGAGAUGAUUGAGUUUUAAGUGAAACAAACGCCUAGGAAUAUCUGUGAAACUGAGACAAAGUUUUUCCAUGAUGAAAGCAUACAAAUAAAGUUAAAAAUCACGUUUCUGGUCUCAUUUUAAAGUGCUCGUUUUAGCUUAUUUUUGGUUCUUAGACGAUUUAUGACGGUUCUUAGUACCUCUCCAAAACUAAUUGGGCUUAAAAUUGUUAAUUUUGUGAGUCAAAAAGAUCCGAGGAUCUCCUCAAAACCAUCAUAAAACCAAAACAAUAUCAUUUUAGUUUUAUGACGGUUCUCAGAACCUCUCUAAAAAUAAUUGGACUUCUAAUUGUAAGUCAAUUAGAUGUGAGGAAUUCCUCAAAGCUCUCAUAAAACCAAAAUCGGAUUUAUAAAGGUCCUUAAAACUUUCUCAAAACUAAUUGGACUUGAAAUUGCAACAUUUGUAAGUCAAAUAGGCUCAGGAACCAUCAUAAACCAGGACCAUCAGAAAAGCAAAAUCAUAUCAUUAUUGUUUUAUGACGGUUCUCAGAACCUUCCCAAAACUAAUUGGAUUCCAUAAUUGGUGUUCUGAGUUGUUUGAAUCUGCAACAGAUUGUCACUGCUGUCAAAAUCGUCGUGUAUCGGCAUAUCGCAGGUGAAUAUCUCCGGAAAUUUAAUCUCGAAACCGAUCUUUGUAAUGUGGGGCUCCUCUGGGAAUUCCUCUUGGAAUAUCUCCACGAAAUCCUCCGGAAUUCCUCCGACGAUUCCUCAUGGAUUCCUUCAAGAAUUCCCUCUAGGAUUCUUCCGGUAGCUCCUUCUGUGAUUCCUCCAGGAGUUCCCUAAAUCAUAUUGCUUCGGCUGUGUUCUACAUUACAGGCUAAGUUCCACAUUACAGGACAGUUUGAAUGAUCUAAAAUAUUUCAGAAGUAUCUUUUAAUCUUUCAUGGGUUUUAAUUAACAUCAUUGAUUCCUUAAACGUAAACCUAAAUACUUGAAGUAGCGUCUGUGACUGGUGUAGAUCCUAGAUUCUGAACUCCAGGAUGUUUUGGAUGAUCCAAAAUAUCUAAUAAAUAAACAUAUAAGUUUCCAGUGGGUUUCCAAAAGAUACACCAAACUAGAAGGGAUUUGUUUCGCAUUUGAUUUUGUAAACCGAAUAAUCUGUCACAACUGUAGACGUUUGGUUCUGAACUAAAGAACACUUUGGAUGACCUGGUACAUCCCAAAACUAUCGGAUUGCUGGUUGCGCCACUACAAUGCUUGUUCACCCUGUACACCUAUGCCACAACUCUUUGCACUUCAAGCUUCUUUUUUUGGCUGUCCUAAUGAUCAUCUGGGUCACCCAGAUGACCAUGGAUCAGUCGAGGUUUGAUAUGUUCCGGAAGUACGGAAAACCUCUUCUGGAAGCACAGAACGCUUUUCCUGAUAACUUGGAAAACUUCUCCUGGAAACUCUGAAAGCUUCUCCUGGAAGCUCAAAAAGCUCCUCAUGGAAGCUCAAAAAAGUUGUCCUGAAAGCUCUAAAAGCUCCUUCUGGAGUUCCAGGAGAACUUUCUGGUCUGAAGAAGAAUCUCUCCGAUCUUCUAGAAGAGCCUUCCAGGAGAAGCUUUUCUUGCGACCUAAAUAAGCUCGAAGAACUUCUCCUGGAAGUUCAAAACGCUUCCUCAGGAGUCAGGACACACGGAAAGCUUCCCGUGGAAGUACGAGUUGCUUUCAAAGCUUCCUUGAGAAGCUUUCUGUUCGACUUGAAGAAGCUUUCUGAGCUUCCAGGAGUAGCUUUUUGAGCAUCCAUAGUUAGAAACUUUCUGAUCUUCCAGGAGAAGCUCUUCGUGCGCCCUGAGGAAACUUUUUUAAAAGAAGCUUUUCAAACUUCUUGGAAAAGCUCUCUUCCUAUUGGAGAUGAACUAGCCUCGGGCUGAAAAUCUCCCUAAUAAAGCUAAUAAUAAUAAUAAGCACUCUUCCGAACUUCCAGGAGAAGCUAUCCGAGCUCUUUGAAGCUUUUACUACUUCCAGGGAGAGCUUUUCAAGCUUCCAUGAGAAGCUUUUCUAGCUUCUAUAUGAAGCUUUCCAUGCGUCAUGAAUAAGCUUUUUGAGAUUGUAGGAGAAACUGUUUGGGCUCCCAGAGAAUGCAUUCCGUGCGCACUGAAGAAGUUUUUUUCAGGAGAAGCUUUUCGGAAUUCCAGGGGGAACUUUCGAUGAGUCUUGAAGAAGCUUUCCGACCAUCCAGAAGAAGCUCUUUCUGAGCUUCCAGGAGAAGCUUUUCGUGCACCUCGAAGAAACUCUGGAAGCACGAAAUGCUUCUCCUGGUAGUUUUAAAACGGUUCUUCAGAACACACGGAAAGCUGCCCUUGGAAGUACGAGAAACAUCUCCUGGAUGUUCGAACAGUUCCUUUGGAUGCUCGAACAGCUUCUCCAGGAAGCUCGGAAAGCAUCUUCCAGACGCACGGAAAGGAUGGAAAGCUUUUUUCGAGCUUCCAUGGCAAGCUUUCCGUGCAUCCAGAAGAGAGCUUCGAUGCUUCCUUGAGAAGCAUUUCGUUCGUCCAGAAGAAGCUUUUCGAGCUUCCAGGAGAAGCUUUUUGAGCUUUCCAUGCGUCAUGAACAAGAUUUUUGAGCUUGUAGGAGAAACUUUUUGACCUUCCAGGGAAAGCUUUUCGUGCACUCUGAAGAAAUUUUUCCAGGAAAAGUUUUUUGAACUUCCAGAUGAAUCUUUCCAGAGCAAAGCUUUCCGAAAUCCAAUAGAAGUUUUAUUGAUCUUCCAGAAGAAGCUUUUUAGGUUACAUGAGAAACUUUUGCAAGGGAAGAUUUGCGAUGUUCCAGGAGAAAUAUUUCGAGCUUCCAAGAGAAGCUUUCCAUACGUGUUGAAGAGCUUCUAGGAAUUUAUUUUUGGAGCUUCCAGCAGAAGCUCUCCAUAGGUCUUUAAGAUGCGUUUCAGAGGAAGCAUUCCGAUCUUCCAGGAGAAACUUUUCGAGCUUCCAGGAGAAGUUGCAACCUGAAGAAGCUUUUCCAAUGGAAACUUUUCGAACUUCCUGGAGAAGCUUUCUCAGAGGCACCUUUCUAUGCACCCUGAAGAAGCUCUUAGAACUUCCAAAAGCUUUUCGAACAAUCAGGAAAAGCUUUCCUAGCCUCCAAGAGAAGCUUUCCUAGUUUUCAGGAAAAGCUUGUCGAACUUACUUGAACAGCUUUGCGAACUUUCCUAACUUCCAUGAGAAGCUUUUCGAGCUUUUUUUAGCUUUUUAGCUUCCAUAAAAAGCUUUUCAUGUCUCUUGAAUGAGCUCUAUGAGUUUGUAAAUGACAAUUUUUGAGCUUCCAGGGAAAUGCUUCCCGUGCGGCCCUGAAUUUUUUUUUUCUAGUAGGAUUUCUCCUAACUUCCAAGAGAAGCUUUCCGAGCUUAAUUAUGAAGCUUUUACUGCUCCCAGGAAGACCAUUUCUAGCUUCUAAGAGAAGCAUUUCGAGCUUCCAUGAAAAGCUUUUCGAGUUUCCAGGAGAAGCUUUUUGCGCCUCCUGGGAAAGCUUUCGGUGCGUGCUGAAGAAGCUUUUCAUCUAGAAGAAUUUUAUCCAGGAGAAGUCUUUCAGAGGAAAGCUUUCGUUAUUCUUGAGGAAGCUUUCUGAACUUCUAAAUUUCUCCAUUUCGAGAGAUGCUUUUUGAACUUUCAAAUGGAGCUUUCCGUGCGUCUUGAGAAAGCUUUUCGAGCUUCGAGGAGAGAAAAUUUGUCGUGAGUCUUGAAAAAGCUUCCUUGAUCAUCCAGAAGAUGGUUUUCGAGCUUCCAGGAGAACCUUUCUGUCACGAAGAAGCCUUCCCAGAGGAAGCUUUCCGAUCUUGGAGGAGAAACAUUUCAGGAGAAGCUUUUUAAGCUUUCAAAUAAAGCUCUCCGUGAGUUUGAAUAAGCUUUCAGACCUUCCAGGAGAAACGGCCGGGUAAGUGAGAAGUACGCUAGAUAUCGUUAGGAAGAAAUCGAUGACCGGAGCACGGCCGGGGCCCGGUACGGUCCCGGCCCGAUGAAGUGAGAAGACCGCUUCAUAGAAAGUUUUCAUAGGAAGCAUUUUGAGCGCUCACAGGAAGCUUUUUUAACUACCAUAAGAAGCUUUUUGAGCUUUCAUGGGUAGCUUGACAUGCGUCUUGUAGAAGCUUUUUGAACUUGUUGGAGAAAGUUUUUCUCCGGGGAAACUUUCAGUGAUUCUUCAAGACUUCGAUCAUACAAAGAAAUUUCCAGAAGAACUUUUCGAACUUCCACGAGAAGCUUUUUGGCCUGCAGAAGAUUUUCCAAGAAAUAUUUUCCAAUCUUCCAGGAAAAACGUUUCAAGCUUCCGGGAGAAGCUUUUCUUGUACCCGAAAAAUUGCUUUCAAAGCACGAAAAGCUUGUCGUGGAAGUUCAAAAUGCUUCUUCAGGAAUCACAGAAAGUUUCCCCUGGCAUCCCCUGGAUGUCCGUAAGUGCUUCUGAGUGUUUCUUCAGGACGCAUGGAAAAGAUGGAAAGCUUUUCAAGCUUCCAUGGCAAGCUUUACGUGCAUCCAGAAGCAGCAUUCAAAGCUUCCUUGAAAAGCUUUUCGUUCGUCCUGGAGAAGCUUUUGGAGCUUCCAUAGGAUGCUUUUUGUGCUUCUAUUGGAAGCUUAUUGUGCUUCUAUUGGAAGCUUUUUGUGCUUCUAUUGGAAGCUUUUUGUGCUUUUCCAUAGGAAGCUUUUUGAGCUUUCAUCUUAAGCUUUUGGGCUUGCAUAGGAAGCUUGCUAUGCGCCUUGCAUAAGCUUUUUGAGCUUCCAGAGAAAGCUUUCCGUGCGUUCUGAAGAGCUUUCCAAGAAAAGCUUUUCGUCCUGACGUAGUUUUUGCAGGAGAAGCUUCCCAGAAGCUUUGCAGGAGAAGCUUCAUCCAGAAGAAGCCUAUAGAGCUUCCAGGAGAAGCUUUUUGAGUUUCCAGGAGAAGCUUUCUGUCCUAAAGAUGGUUUUCCGGGGGAAAACUUUCUUAUCUUUCAGGAAAAGCAUUUUGAGCUUCCAGGAGAAGCUUUCCGUACUUCCAGAGGCUGUUCUGAAGAAGUUUUCAGAGCUUCCACAGGUCAGGGAAACCUUUCCGAGCUUCUGAAAGAAAUUUUCUCAGUUUUCAGCAUUUCGUGGUUCCAGGAUAUUAUUUUCGGACUUUCAGGGGAAACUUCCCGUGAGUCUUGAAGCUUUCCGAUCCUCUAGAGGAAGUUUUUCGAGUUUCCAGGAGAAGCUAUCUCUCUUGUUCCCAGGGGAAGAAGAAGUUUUCCUUGCGUAUUGGAGAAGAUUUCAGUGCUUCCACAUCCAGGAAAACAUUUUCGAGCUUCUUGGAGAAAUUUCUCCAGUUUUCAGAAGACGCUUUUUGAUCUUUCAAAUGAAGCUUUCCGUGCGUCUUGAAACAUCUUUCUAAGAUUCCAGGAGACGCUCUUCGUACUUCUAGGGCUAUCUUGAGUUUUGAAGAAAGCUUUCCGAUCUUCCAGGAGAGACAUCUCGAGCUUCCAGGAGAAGCUAUGUGUGCGUCCUGGAGAAGCUUUUCUAAAAGAGACUUUUCGAGCUUCCAGAGGGUGUCCUGAAGUAGUUUUCCAUGCGUCCUGAAGUAGCUUCCGGAGCUUCAACAAGCGUUUCGAUCAUUCAGGAAGACGUUUCCAAGUUUCCAGGAGAAACUUUAUCUGCUUUCAGGAGAACCUUUUCGAGCUUUCUAGAGAAGCUCUCUGUGUGUCUUGCAAAAGCUUUCCGUGCGUCCUGAAGAAGCUUUUCUUCGUCCCAGGAGAUGCUUUUCGAACUUCCAGGGGAAAUUUUUCGUGGGUCUUGAAGAAGCUUCCUGAUUAUCCUAAAGAAGAUUUUCGAGUUUACAGGAUAAGCUUUCUGGAUAUUGUUCCAGGGUGUCCCCCUAAGGAUUCCUCCUGGAAGUCUCCUUGAGGAUUCCUCCUGGAAGUGCCCCUGGGCAUUCCUCUUCUAGGAAGUCCUUCCGGGGAUUCCUCUCCUAGGAAGUCCCUCUGGAGAUACCUCUCCUAGGACGUUUCCCUGGGGAUUCCUCUACUAGGAAGUCCCCCUAGGAAAUCUUCUUCUAGGAAGUCCUCUUGGGGAUUCCUCUUAGAAAGUCCUCCUGGGGAUUCCUCUCCUAGGAAGUCUCCUUGGGAAAUCAUCUUCUAGGAAAUUCCCCUUGGGGAUUCCUCUUAUAGGAAGUCCCCCCUGGGGAUUCAUCUCCUAGAAUAUCCCUCUGGGGAUACCUCUCCUAGGAAGUCCUCCUGGGGAUUCCUCUCCUAGGAAGUUCCCCUGGGGAUUCCUCUUCUAGGAAGUCCCCCCUGAGGAUUCCUCUCCUAGGAAGUCCCCCUGUGGAUUCCUCUUUUAGGAAGUUCCCCCUGGGGAUUCCUCUUACAGGAAGUCCCCCCUGGGGAUUCCUUUUCUAGGAAGUCCCCCUGGGAAAUCCUCUUCUAGAAAGUCCCCCUGUGAAGUCCCCCCUGGGGAUUCCUCUUCUAGGAAGUUCCCCCUGGGGAUUCCUCUUCUAGGAAGUCCCCCUGGGGAUUCCUCUUUUAGGAAGUUCCCCUGGGGAUUCCUCUUUUAGGAAGUUCCCCUGAGGAUUCCUCUUUUAGGAAGUUCCCCUGGGGAUUCCUCCCUGGAAGUCCCCUUGUGGAUUCCUCCCUGGAAGUCCCCCUGGGGAUUCCUCCCUGGAAGUCCCCCUGGGAAUUCCUCUUCUAGGAAGUCACCCUGAGAAUUCCUCUUCUAGGAAGCCCCCUGGGAAUUCCUCUUCUAGAAAGUCCCCCUGUGAAGUCCCCCCUGGGGAUUCCUCUUCUAGGAAGUCCUCCCUGGGAAUUCCUCUUCUAGGAAGUCCCCCCUGGGGAUUCCUACCAAAACUCUCUAAAACACUUCUGAGAAACCCCGAAGAAAUGUAGGAUGUCCAGGUAUUAUCCUGAAAAACUCUUAGGCAUUCCGGGAACAGCACCGUAAAGAAUCUUUCAAGAUAAAUCCCGCGACAACUUUCCUGAAGAAACUUUUUUCAGGAAAUCCCCCUGGGGGUUCCUGUUCUACAAAGUCCCCCUGGGGAUUCCUUUUCUAGGAAGUCCCCCUGGGGGUUCCUCUUCUAGGAAGUUCCCCUGGGGAUUCCUCCCUGGAAGUCCCCCUGGGGAUUCCUCCCUGGGAUUCCUCCCUGGAAGUCCCCCUGGGGAUUCCUCCCUGGAAGUCCCCCUGGGGAUUCCUCCCUGGAAGUCCCCCUGGGGAUUCCUCCCUGGAAGUCCCCCUGGGGAUUACUCCCUGGAAGUCCUUUUGGGGAUUCCUCUUCUAGGAAGUCCCCCUAGAGAAUUCCUACUAAAACUCCCAAAAACACUUUUGAGAAACCCCGAAAAAAUGUAGGCUAUCCAGGAUAAAUUCUGAAAAACUCUGAGAGGCAUUCCGGGAGCAGCACCGAAAAGAAUCCUCCAAGAUAAAUCCCGCGAGAACUUUCCUGAAGAAACCAUAGAAGAAAACUUACCGAAAUUUCUUGAAAAAAAAAAUACAGGACGCAUUUCGGAAGAAAACGCGUGAUGAACUUUGCGAGCCAUACAGAUAAAUUGUCUGGAAGAAAUCCUAGAGGUGGAACUCCUACAGACAAUUCGUGAAAACUCCUGUGAAAUCUUUGGAGGAACUCUAGUAGAAAUCCCAGAAAUAAAUCCUGUGGAAACUCUGGGAAAAAUCCUGAAAACACCGGAAGGAAUCGUGGAAGAUCAUCCAACAUGAAAUCCGGAGUGAAACUCCAAGAGAAAUUCCGCCACAACAUCUGUAUCCCAAGAGAAACUCAUGUAUACAUCCCAGGUCAAAUCGCCAAAUUCUUUGGGGAAAACGUAGGAUGUACUCCGGGAAACAUUUCGCGAGAGGAUCUGGAAGAAAUCCUGAAAAGAAAAUCCGGUGAAAAACACGAAGCAAAAUCGGUUGGAAUUCAGAAAAUCUUGAAAUUUCUUAAGGAUGAAUUCUGGAAAGAAUUGUUAGAAUCUUGGGUGAAUGCCGGGAGGAAUACUAAGAGAAACGCCACGACAAAACACGGAAGUAAUCUUGUGAGAAGGCACUUCAAAAAGUGUCACCAAAAGAGUUCUAGAAAGAAAACCUGACGUAAUGCUUGGAAAAAUCUUUGUAAUUCCUCCACAAUGGAUGAAUUUUGACUCCCGGAUUCAUCCGCGUUCACCCGGAAUUCGCAGCUACCAACAAACAGCAAGAUGCAAGAUGUGAAACGGUAACAGCGGGCCGCGUUUACUAAAAUGACUGCUCACAUCUCGCACAUCCGGCGAGAGCCGGUGGUGAUCAUUCAGUGUGUACUUUUGGUCACUGGGUGUCAUUUUGUGUAAACAGCGCCCGUUUUUUAGAAAAAAAAAGCGAAAGAUAAAAAAGCGAACAACUCGAUGUACAAAGAAGAUCGUUUCUCUGCAAGAUAUGAAACUGUUACUUCGGGAAGUGUUUACUAAAAAUGACUAUUCACAUCUCGCAAAGGGAAGCAUAUGGGUGAAAAAAGAAGACCGUGGAAGCGCUCCCAUAACCCCUUUUCUUGUUCCUCUGACAUGGCUAUUGGUUAUUCAGCUUCUUCUGGAUUUAACUUACUUCCGAAUAAUCAUCCGAAGACAACUGUAAUGCGAAACCACAAGCUUCUAUUAAGAAUCUCCAGUAUGAUCCAAUGUACGAGUUCACCAAUCUUGCGCUUAAACGGAGUCGUGUUUACAUAAAAUGAGCUCGUUUCCAUGGCCUCCUAGCUAACACGGCACCCCUCAAAUGUGAUCAACUCGUACAUUGGUCCAUGAAUUUUAGCCACCGAUGGCUUAAAUUCACUCGGUUCUAGAAUUUUGACACUAGAGCGGGACCGUAUCCAAACAGAAUUGAAGGAUGCUGAUGGGAAAUAGCCCGCUCUAGUGUCAAAAUUCUUGGAUCUUGGUUCAUCGGGAGAUAGGUCACGGCCCAUCUUGAUGAAUAGGAAAUUAUUUGCCUGAAUCGUCCAAAAAACCGUUUUUUUUUUUUCGAGUGCAGUACGCAGCUGCGAAGGACAAUUCAAAUGACAGUCUCUGCAGAAGGUUUCUGAUAGGAAUCGUUCAAGAAAUUACUUGAGCAAUUCCUUUUGAACACGAAACUGGGCUCUACGCGGAAAGCGUUUGUUUUGACGGACUUAUUAAUACACUGGGAAAAAUCACAACUCUGGAGCAACAUUUGAAAAGGGCCCAAGAGGUCUUGUGUCUUUUUUCGAAAACGCUCCGUAGGGCCUAACAGCAGCUCGCCCACACAAAUGGACACCGUUAUCCGAGAUCGAUGUUUGCUCUAUCUGAUAACGGUCUUAGUUUGUGUGAAUAAGCUGAUGGGGGCUCAGGAGCGACGUGUGAACUCAUUGUUUACCAAUGCUUGUAUGCCCUUUUCAAAUGUUGCUCCAGAACUGUUUUGUGUUAGACCAUUAUUUUUUAAGUUCUUUGUUUAUUCAAUAAACAAAAGAGUGGCGAAGAGAGCGAAAGUAAGAAAGAAAAAGCACGAAUGAGCAAACGAGAGAGAGAAUGCAGAUCUAGAACCUUAACAUGCCCAAAUCCCCCCUGAAUAGGAAGGGGGAAACAUAUAUUUUUGAUACAAACACUAUUUAUACUUAACUAAACACAUAAACAACAGAGCAUAGCAAAGCCAGAGUAGUGUUUUGUGUGAACGAAAACUCACUUCUUUUUCGCGGCGGUCCGCAACACUGAAUCGGCGACGGUGGAGCGCACAGGUGCGCUCCUCUGUCCCGCAAGAAUGUAUACAAAACUGAUUUUUAGGAUGUUAACACACGACAAAUACAAUACAAAAGAAAAACAGAAACAAAACAAACUCUUACAAACAAUGCACGGUUUUUGAUCGAUGGAUUCAGGUGUAGACGAGGCUUAACCCGCGCUGACAUUGGCUUUUUUUUGACAGAUGAAGUGUCAAAUGGUUUAGACAUUUGACACUGACAACUGUCAAAAAAUUUUCAAGGGCGUUGGUUAAUACAGCGUUUGUAACUUGAUCCGAUCAGAGGGCAAAUCGUAUGAUAAAUUAAAUUUACACUGAAUAAAAUACAACUGAUUUAUUAAAUCGCAUAUAUUUAAUCCGAUAGCAGACAGACAGUUGGAAUGAAGCAAGCGUAAAUUAUACAAACAAAAAAAAACAAGAAGGAAACCGAUAGGACUUUAGGUAGGUUAGGUAUCUCAUCGCUGCUGUUGCAUGCAAACACACACAUACACACAUAACCCUUAAGGAUUGUCUUUAUGCAUCUAGACAUAAAUUUGGAUACAAAGUUAAAAAAGGUAGAAAAACAGCAACACCCAUACACACACACCCCCCUAGUUUUACGGAAAACCUAGCGAUAUAUUAAUUAUUGAAUAAAAUACCACCAGCCCAAAAAAAUAGGACAAAAACAAAA